AUGUAUGAAACUCGAAAAGCUAAAACUAACCUUCAAAAGGAAAUUGUUCCAGCUGUUGAUGAAAUGAAUGAUGAUCAACCCAUUCUAUAUAUUGGUGAUCAAUCAGAGAUUGAUGACUAUGAAGGGUGUAUUGAAAUUGGUUUCAUGCCACAAGUUGUUCUUGUUGUUCUGUUGAAUGUAGUUUAUCCUGAUUCUUACUUUGAGUGGAAGGCAUCCUCCUCAGGGGGGGGGGGUUAUGAAACUGAAGUUGGAAAUUCUGCUGCUGGUGAUAGUUCAGCACCCUAUCCUUCUAAGAACAGACUUAGUCACUAUGAACUGGAAAGAGGAUAUUGUGUGCCGAUAUAUUUGGAGCUUAGUAGAAGACUGGAUAAACUUCAAAUCAAUGAAUUUAGAAGGGUUAAGCUUGAGAUCUUGAAAGAAACUGAAAAGUUCUACAAUGGUUCUUCUAAUGAAUCUGAAGAAGAAGAUUAG